UAUGAUGACAAUAUUCAAUUUGAUAUUAGAUCUGUUAAAUUGAUAUAAAAACGAUAUCAGAUUCACAUUAAAAAUUCAACAAAUAAUCAUGAAAGUUCUCGUUGCAAUUGCAGUUGUGUUGGCCCUUUUGGCCCUAACGCAAGCUCAAGAAGAAUCUAAUCAAGCUGAACAAUCGGAAGAAGAGUCCUCACCAGCACCAUCUUCUGACGAAUCUUCUAAUGAAUCUUCUGAUGAACUUGCUGAGGAACCUAAACCACAACGACCACUAAGACCUGAAGGACCUGAAAGGCCUCCAAGACCCGGCAGACCUGGUAGAAUUAUCCAUGGACAUCGUAUUCCAAGGCCUCAGCCUAAUGAUGAUCAACAAGCUGACAAUGGAAAUUCUGAAGGCAUUCCCCCACGACGCCCACGUAUUCCAUUAUUUUAAACAGGAAAUUCAUUAAUGCAUUUUGGCUUAUGGAAAAUGGAAAAAAAAACUUCUUUUAGAUUAAAAUAAAAUUUCUUAAGAACUGUUGGCAAAAAUAGA